CAUGCAACCAUGUAUAACUCUCUGAUCAUUGCAAGCCUUGUCUACCUAGCCACACCUGCAGUGAAUGGCCUGCGCAUCGUGCAGCCGUAUCGCGUGGUGGCGACUGACGACCAGGCGACGGUAGAGUGUCGCUACGCCUCCCCUCCCCGCUACCAGCCCCUGGAGCUUCACGUGACACUGCUCAAGGGUCUCUAUGGCGCCGUCAGCAUCUGCGGCGGCUACGUAAACUCCACCAUCGGCAGCAUGCAGACGCAGGGGACCAAGGCUUGCAAAGUCACGCUGAGCGAGAGGGGCGUCAACGUGAGCGUCGCCGGCAUGAAGGAAGACGACACUGACAUGUACCGCUGUGUGGUGAAGGUGCUCUACCCCCCGCCCUACCUGGAGAGGUUCGGCAAUAGCACCCUGGUGCAUGUCCCAGGUGAGAGAAUACUCAGUGACAGAACCAAACAAGUACCAAACACCAGAAAUGGAUCUCAAUCAGGGGUUGACGGAACUAAUGCCGACCCAGCAAGAGAGGCAGAAAGGCACCCAGAAAGAGAUGCAGGGCCUGGGGGUGACAUGGGUGGAGCUCCCACUCCCUCUGGUGAUGGCGAUUGGGAUUCUGAUAGUCUGCGCCAUGAUUUGCCAGGGCAACGGGAUUAGGCACGCCAGGAGACACGGGAGAAGCACCCAGCCACUGACAUCCAGAGUAAUACCAAAGAUCAUCUGACCUGAACAUUUAUUUUUUUAUUUAUUCAUUGUAUUUGUUAGGGACCAUGUACAGUUUUUACCAUACAUGUUGCCAUUUGAUGCAUUGUACCAUAGUUAACCUGGGGCUAAUUCACAUUUGCAGUCCCAAACUUAAUUUGCGUUGUGGGCGUUAGGGUGGUGGUAGCGUAGUGGUGAAGGAGCUGGGCUUGCAUGCAGUAGCCAUAAAUGGCCCUUGUAAUAUAAUUGCCAUGUAAGUUGCUUUGGAUAAAAGCGUCUACUAAAUGAAUAUAAAAUGAAAAUAUGAAAUGGUAUGAGUUUGAGAUGUGUCAUGCAAAUCAACAAUGUUCAUUUCAUGUCAAAUGAUAUUACUGUGUUUUAAUGUCAGAUAUUAUAUAUCAGUUUGCAUUGAAUCAGAUCUGUUGUAGGAUGGAAUAGCCAAUCAAAAACUGUUUAAACUGAUUAGCAUGUUCUGGAAUGUUGGAUGCUGUAACUUUGGGUGUAUUGUCCUCUUCAGUUUUUUCUCUGGUUUUACUGUUCUACUUUUUCUGUGGAUUUUUAUUUUAUUUUAUUUUGAGCAUAACCAUGCACGGUGGUAUGCUGUGUCAUGCUGUGAUUGUGACA